GAUUUGAUCUAUAAAUAACGUAACAAAACGGAGAAGGAUUUAAAUUUGGGUCGACUACGUCUACACACCGUCCGGCUAAGCUAUUUUAAAAUUUUUACAGAGACUGAUAAUAAAAUUUUAACGGCAACAUGGGAAUAAUAUUGUCAAGAUUUCGAAAAAAGAAAACAACUAUUGAAAUAUUAGAAACUCUUGAUAUGAAAAUUAAAGAAAUAGAGAGAUAUGGGCAAACUACAGAACAGAGACAUAAAAAAAUUGUUGGAACAUUGAUUCUAUAUAGUGUUAUACUUUAUAUUGUAACAGCAUUCAUUUUUUACUUUUAUUUCUUCCCAGCAUCUUUAUAUGAUCAAAUAUUUUAUAUCAUUCCAUUGUUAAUUUUUCCAAUUCUAAUUUUGCUAACAAAAAAGAUGGUUACAUGGUAUUACAAACGUAAAAUUUCUGAAAAUCAGGAAAAAUUAAGUACCAUGCAAUCAGAGAAAAGGAAAAUCUUAGAUGAGGUUACAGAAACUGAAACAUAUAAAAAAGCUAAAGAAAUUUUAAUGAAGUUUGCUCCUGAUCAAUUAAGAAUGACUCCUUUAUCUCCACAGCCAACUUACAAGGUGUCACCAUCACAAGAAACACCUCAGCGAUUUAGCAUGUCACAAAAUGUAAUAUCCCCAAUACCUGCUUCUGGGGAACUACGAAGAAGAGUAGUAACAAAUCAAAAUCAACCUCCAAAUGUGCAAGGUGGCAUGCCCACUAACACUGGCCCUGUCCCAAUUGGCAUGGCUCCCAUUCAGAAUCCAUCAAGUACUCCUUUCCAGAGUGGUGUUAGACCAAUUAAUACCCCGGUCAUGGGUUAUCGAUCACCAUUACCUCGUCCAGUAUUACCACGUGAAAGGAAUUACUUGGAUCGAUUCAUUGAUUAUUUAGUGGGAGAUGGUCCAUCAAAUCGGUAUGCGUUAAUCUGCCGACAUUGUGAAUCACACAAUGGAAUGGCAUUAAAAGAAGAGUUUGAAUACUUUGGAUUCAGAUGUUGUUAUUGCAACUUCUGGAAUCCAGCAAGAAAACAGAAACCUUCUGCACCGAAAUUGGAAUAUGAUGUAACUUUUACACAUAGUCUAUCAUCUCCUGAUCAAAUUUCUGCUACCGCAAACGCAGAAGACUCGAAACUUCCACAAGUUGAAUCAACCCCAUCAGAUACAGAUUCCGAUAUCGAAGUAGUUGAGAAACCUACCGAAAUCCCGGAAGAUCCUGAACAUACUGAAAAACCAGUUGAAAAUGAAUGUGAUGAACCGGAUGCUGCAAAGUCUGAUGCAAAAGAGGAGGAUAAGGCCGAAGAAAAUGUUGAGAAAAUGGAUGUUGACGAAUCGUUUUCCUAACACAAACACAUUUCAAAGGAAUUUGUGACAGAAAACCUUUUGUUAUGAAUCGUACUACAAUUGUAGUACAUAGAUGUAGAGGUAUAGAUGUUUAACAAAAACGUAAAUACUAUAUUACUCAAACAAGAGUUUGGAAGUGAAAGCAAAUAACAUGAUACUCGACAAUAGAUAGUAAUAUAGUAUUUGCAGAAACCAUAUGAAUACUAUAUUCUCAUAUUUGAAUGAAAAAUCAUUCCAAAUUGUUCUUGUCUAACUCUUGUUAGGAUUUUGGGUAACUGCAGAAUGAAGCAAAAUGAUCGAAAGUACUUAGAAAAGAUAUUAUCAAUACGAUAUCUUAUUAAUUCCCAUAAGAUUUUUGCUUCAUCUAUGCGUUACUUACAAAAUCGUGAAAUUUCAUAAUAUAUUGACAAAUUUUUAGAAAUCGUUUUUUCUUCUAAAAAUUUUAAAUUAUCUGAAGCAUUAUAAAAAUGCCCACGUUGAAAAUUGUAGUCAAUAAUGCGUUUCAAUCAAGACUGCUUAUCUCGUCAAUAGUGGACAUUAGUAUAUUUAUAUUAGAAAAAAUUACUCUUUUUUUUGUUUUUCGUGAUAUUUGAUUUUUUUUCUUAUACCAAUUUAAAUCUCGAAUAAUUUAUGUUCUCAAUUUUCCUUUUUAAUAGAUUUGUGUUGUCUUGUAAACUCACAAAUUUCGUGCUCCACUAUAUCAUUAGAUCGAUUACUGGUUUAAUGUUACGUUAUAGAAGGUAUGAAUACUUUUUAUAUUCAUAAUUUGUAUAAAAGAAAAAAAAAGAAAGAAGAAAGUAGUAAGUUGAACUGUUUCUUAUUGCAAUCUUUUCUAACAUAAGUAUUGUUGUGAUAGUAACACGUAUUAUCUGUUUCAGUAAUAUUUAUUACAAGCGAAAGCAAUGUAUAUAUGUAUUAGAAAAAAAAAAAUCGGCGUUUAUUAAAAAAUACAAUAGCUUUGGCUAGUUUUUACUUUU